AUGCUCACCCAGCCAACAUACGCCGGCCCAAGCGGUGCCAGUUCUGGCUCGAAAAUUGAUUCGGCCAGCCACCAUUCGAUGUACGGCAACCAAUUUGAGGUCGAAAAGCAAGGCUGUCUCUCGUCCCUACCUCAUGAAGAAAGAGAAAUCAGAGAUCACUUGUCACACUAUUUUGGAUGCAUAGAAAUUGGGGAAAGGAAAAACUUCUUUGAGAAUGAAGAACUCUGGAAACAAUUUGAAAAUCCAGAUGAAAAAAAGAAAACCGUGGCUGCCAGUAUCCUCACACAGCUCAAACGCAUACGAGUCUUACGUCAAGCAGUUGGUGCCAAGACUGGAGAUCAACUGGAAGAUGACGACCGUGUCAAUCACAAGUCAGCCCCGAGCCUUGUGGACAACAUCACAAAGAGUCAUGAAGCGUGGUUCAACUCUAAAGAAUGCAAGUAUGGGAUCGAAAAAGUUCGCGCUUGGAGACAAUCGAAACCGAAACGGGAAACUGGUGAUAGUCAGACCGCCAACGCGGGCCCCAAGGGAAGCGCAAACAAUCACGAACAGGACAAAAAGGAGUGGCAGGAUAUUGAGAAAAAUAUCGGCCUACUGGAAAGGUCGAGCAUCGAAAAAUACGAUUUGGAGAAAGACGUCAAUUCUUAUAUCAUAAGGUUCAAGAAGAAGGAUGGUUACCAUGGUCAUUCUGGCCUUGAACUGUGCGACUUUGGGCAGUCUGAGAAGAGCGAACAUAUCAAGGGUCACUGUCCUGACCAGAGGAUUGCACUGAAAUACCUGCUCCAGGACAAUGAAAUCAUCGGCAGGAAUAUAAUGAAAAAAGACAGCAACGAGAACGGUAGCAACACGAAAAAUCAAGAAAGCCAAACGGACAAUGCUAACACCGAGGGCGGAAGCAAAACCCCCAACUCUCAAGUUUCUGAGAGCACCACGGCUGACGACAAGGAGGAAAACUGCAAAAGGGCCAAUGACAAGAAGGCCAAGGGCAGUAGCAACAGGGACAAGCAGACUGACAGCCUUAUUGCACGGUACUACGGCGAGGAAGGCGACAUAUUUGGCGAGAAAGGGGAAUCAUCAAAGGAUUCCGAGGCAAAAAUGCUGCUUCGGCCCCAAUACUGGCGUGGCCAGCACCACGGGACCGGGAGCAGCGCGGUUCAGGCUCGCCACAUGAGACCCAUUUGCGAAACGGUGUCAUCUGAUCCAAAGAGGGCAGAGGAGGUCGCCAAGAACAUGGUGUUAUUUAUGCCAUAUCUGCAUUGGGAGGCCGACAGGAAGCGCGAAGCUGUGGCGCAAAUGAUAGACGAAAAAGUCGGUAAAUUUCACAAACACAGAGACAAGGAGAAAGAGGACGAGUUGAAGGCACGAUUAGAUGAGCGCAGAGGCCUCGACCGAGAACUUCUUGAACCACGUUUGAACUUCCACCACUUACUCAAUGCGGACGAGAAGUACGCCGUGCCUGAGGUGUAUAAGCAAAAUGUCCAACGGACUAACUACAACCCUGUGGAUCAAAUUGAGAACGCAACAAUGGGGCUUCUGGGAAAGCAGAAGCACAACCGGAUCCAUGUGGACACAAACGGUCGUAUAAAGAAUAAGCUGGGACAGUUUUUGCUGGACGCCGCACGUCUGUCCGAAGCCAUAAGCAAUCACCGGGACAGGGAGAUGAUUAACAAUUUCCUUUUCCACAAGGCCCCACUGCAUCCACGGAGAACUCUGGACCAGGCUCACUUCUGGACACUGAAAUCGACACGAACUAGGGAUCGCGACCAGGUCGUCUACCGUGGCACCAGCAUAGAUCUUGAAAAAGCCCACCGGCUGAAGGAGGUCCCCAGAAAAAGGAGCAACUGCUGGACGGCUUUCAAGAAAAUGGCUGUACCCGGAAGAAAAGACGACGGGUCAGAAAUGAAAUGGACAUACACACACGACUCCCGGUGUCCAAGUCAGAAAUCCGACAGAGAUUCUAGCAUGACUCGCAAGCUGUCAUAUUCCCUGUCGGCAAAUAAGUGCUAUGAAGGCGACAAUAGAGAAGACGUCACUGCGGAAGCCCAAGCGCCUGCACCGAAAUGCUUUAGCAGCAAUACCAAGGCUGCUGCCAACGGCUCAAACCAAAAGAAAGCCGCAGAAGAAUUUCGGCGAUGUGAGCAAUGUCGUGACAACAUUCGCAAAGUGUCACGCGUCGUCAUGGUUGACCAGCUGUGGAUGUGGAUUUUGGAUGAGAACACCAUCAUCACCUGUUUCCCACGACGAUAUGGCGUGAACAAGAGGGACGAAACCGGCGUGCACAAGUCCAUCCGGGAACGUUUACAAAUGGCUCGCGAGUAUCAGUUCCGCUCUGUCUACGACAUUGCCCUCUUGAUUCUUGACGAGUGUUCCAAUACGUUCUUCGAUCGAACCAAAACUAGUGAAAUCCUUCCACAUGUAAUGGACAUAUUCUCAGAGGCCAUAGGCAAUGCGCACUUGUGGCAUUGGACAGAGGAGGCCUCUAGAAUGUACCGGACGAAGGCGUACAGUAAUGAAUUGAAUGGCGUAUACAAGGGCUUGCUUGACAUCAAUCCCGAGGGGAAAAUCCAGCGCGAGAUCAAGGACAUCAUAGAGGAGCUUGAUAUCAUGCUACACUUUCACCGCAAGCAGUGCGAGAUUGUCAAGCGGUUUCACAAACACGUGCGGUAUAUUUUGGACCCGAAGGGCUUCAAACAGUUUGAUGGUUUGUAUCUGGCCGAUGAGGAUCCAGAACCCCAGGCCGAUGAGGAUUUACAACCCCAGCAGAGUUUCAGCCGCAUCAACAGGUGUUUAAAGCCAAAUGAAGAAGAAAAGGACGGACUGCGCAAACUGCAAUGGUUCCAGACACAAUCAAUCGAGCUUUUAUCUGACAUGGGAGAUUGGGUCCAGGAGCUGGAGGGCCUGAAGAAUUACGCCCAAAGCACGGCACAGAGCGUCAACGACUUGCUAGCUCUCAAGCAGCAGCAGGCCAGCGUUGUCCAAGCCUGGCAGGCGGUGCAGCAGUCGGAGGAGACUGUUAAACAGGGCAGGGCCAUCAUGGUGUUUACUAUAAUCACCAUCAUUUUUUCUCCAUCUCCGUAG